GAAGUGAGGCUUCUGCCUCCAAAAAAGAAGCCCAAAUCAGAUACAGACUUAACAAAAUGUAUUAUUUGUCAAGAAAAAAGCAGUGAAAGACUAAGAAGUCCUACCGAAGCUGGAUUGAGAUCGUUUAAAGAAGCUGUAGAGGUUAGGAAAGAUGAAACUUACCACAGGAUUUUGUCGACUUUUGAAAAUUUAGACGCUCUAGAUGUUGUCUGGCACGGCAAGUGUUUUCAAAGUUAUACAAGCAAGAGAAAUCUUAGCUUUAUUAAACCAUUGCCUUUUGCUGAAAGUCAAGAAAGGCACGUUGACAGACCAAGUUCCAGAUCGCAAGUUAAUGCAGUGGAUUGGUCCCUUUGUCUAUUUUGUCAGCAGAAAAAGUCAAAGGGGACAACAAAACUUAUGAACGUUUCAACAUUUGAUUCAUGCAAGGCUAUAGAGGAGGCUGCAAGAAGAAGGAGUGAUGAGAGCAUGCUGUUGAAGAUUUCAGGAGUUGAUUUGAUUGCUGCGGAGGCCAAGUAUCAUAAACACUGCCGCUCCCAAUAUGUAAGUAAAUCCAACCUAAUGUUUGUUGACUUUCGAGUUGAUGGGGAGGAAGAUGUUUACACCAAAGCGUUCCAAAACCUGAGAGAGGACAUCAAACCUCAGUUAGAAUCAGGAGUGGCCCUUGAUAUGAAAACCCUGUUGGACUCUUACCAGGGAAUUUUGCAACACCUUGGCUGCAACACGGCAAAAAGUUACAAGUCAGAGAGGUUAAAACGCAGACUGCAACAAAGUUUUCAAGAGGAAAUUGUCUUUCAGAAGCUACCGGAUCCCUCGAAGCCAGAGUUGGUUUACUCUAGCUCUAUAUCUUUGCAGGAUGUCAUCAAUUCAGCCGCUAAGAAAAGUUGCCAUUUGGCUAACAUGUCAGCGUCUUCUGAAGAUGAAUCCUCAAACAGCCAGGGUCAGAAUGAUGUCAAUUCCAUACUAUACCACGCCGCUCAAAUACUGAGGUCAAGCAUACGGAGUGAAAGCAAAAGUAUAGGGAUCCAACCUGUUGAUGUGGAGGACAUCAGUGCCUGUAAAGUAAAGAGCUUAAUGCCUAAAGAUCUUUACAAUUUUUUGUGCUUGAUGAUCUCGAAUCCAGAUAAAGUUGAUGUAUCUGCUCCGACUGCUUCUAAUGCCGCAGAUGAGCGACAUAUUUUAGCAAUUGCACAAGAUCUAAUAUAUGCAACAACUCAUGGUCGCGUGAAGACCCCUAAGCACAUUGGUUUGGCGAUGUCUGUUCGCCAUAUGACAGGUUCAAAGCACCUGGUAACGAUGUUAAACAGAUUCGGUCACUGCUGUUCUUAUGAUGAUAUAGAAGUAGUUGACACUAGCCUAGCAUUAGACAUUAUAGCCAGCUCAGAAAAUGUGGGUGCUGUUGUUCCAUCUAACAUUUUACCAGGAGUGUUCGUUCAAGUCGCGGGAGACAAUAACGAUAUCAAUGAGGAGACACUAGACGGCAAGCAUACUACUCAUGCCACUACACUUGUCCUGUACCAAAGAAAGCAACAAGGACCAAAACCGAAACCUGCAGUUCGUCCAGCUCAUUCAGAAAAACGACGGUCUCUUAACAUCUCAGAUGCAAAUCCACCCCUGUUGGAGUUUGGUGCUUGCGGCAAGCGGCCUGCCGUAACCUUUUACAAAGACAAAAUAGAAGAAGAGUGGUUUCAGUCCUCAAGCUCGCUCUGUACCACUGCAAUUCAGAUGGAUUUUGGUUGGUUUUUAAGACGUCUGUGUACCCACCAGUUGUUUAGUGAAAAUCUACAUAACCGCGACGGCGAAGUUUUUCAGCCCUUGCCAAGUUGUAGUGGGUUUAACGCAAAGAUAGCAAGUGAGCCGCCGCCCCUGACCUCCGUUGGUUACUGUCCAAUGAUCAAUGGUUCACCUACUGAAUACAGUACAGUUUACACUGCCAUGAAGAACGUCCAAGCAAUGAUGGAUGUACUACACCAGAAGCACAGUGUAAUUACGUUUGACCUGGCAAUCUACAUGAAGGCCAAAGAGAUUCAGUGGCGACGGCCUGAAGAAUUUAAGAACACAGUGAUCCGAAUGGGAGGUUUUCAUAUAGCAUUAAACUUCCUCUCAGUUAUUGGAAAGAUUUUCCAGGACAGUGGCAUUGAAGACCUGCUAAUAGAAUCUGGUGUGUAUGGAUGCCACACGGCAUCUAUGCUAUUGAAGGGAAAGUCAUACAACAGAGGCGUGCGUGCACAUAAGCUUGUUCUCGAAGCACUACUGAGACUGCAGUGGCAAGCAUUUGGAGCUUGGAUGGAAGCUGAGGACGUCGAGCUCCCAACAGUAUAUCAGCGAGAGUGUUUAUCUUUAAUAAACUGUUGUCAAAGAGAAAGUAAUGAUCUAGCCUCUCUGAAGACCUCAUUCGGUCUUCUCUGCGACAAACUCCCACAACUUCAACAAAUUUUCGCGAGAUUCUGCACAGAAGCUAGUCAGCAGUCUAAACUAUUCCACUUCUGGAAUAUGUAUAUUGACAUUGUUCUAUUGCUGUUGCGCUUCAUUCGAGCUGAACGAGAAGGAUCAUGGAAACUUCAUUUGAAAGCCGUUGCAGAAAUGGUACCGUACUUCUUUUCAAUGGAUCGCAUCAACUAUUCCAGGUAUGUGGGCAAUCGAUUUAUUCUGAUUAUCUUUUUUCAUAUCUUUCAGAUUGACUGCAAAUUGUGCAUCAGUACUAAAGAACAGUAGCCUAAUUGAACUUUAAAAGAGUCAUCGCUACGGGGAUUAGAGGUCUUAUAUGAUAAGGAUUUGUAAUAUGAUAAGGAUUUGUAAGGAUUUACUCCCCUUUGCUUCGAAAUGAUGCGUUUUGUUUAAGACUGAAUCAUAAUAUAUCGAACUUAUUACGGGAUUUAUUCUUUAUCCCAAGUGGUGAACGCGUUAGUUCAAACGCAUGAAGAGAUCUACACAUUAUCAUAGGACGUUACCUUAUUAUGCGGUUAGCUUUAAUUUUCUCACUUACCCGGCCCCUUCUUAUGUUUCUCUUAUUUUGACCUCUUCCUCCACUAAAUUGCAGGUGGCUCCCAAUCUACUUGGCUGAUAUGCAGCUGCUUCCCACUCACGCUCCAGAAGUUUACGAAGAAUUCCUAAAUGGUAACGACCCAGUGAGUAGAUCAAGUCAACCCUUUAGCCAAGUUUGGACUGACAUGGCCUUGGAACAAACCAUCAAUCUCGACAGCAAGACUAGAGGGGGGAUUGUUGGCUUGACACAAAAUGCUUCGGCACUAGACAGAUGGUUUAUAACAAGUCACAAGAGAGCUGAGCUAACUGCUGCAACCAAGCGACUUUGCAACCUUGAAGACUCUGACAAGAUUGGGACUCACAAGGAGGCAGGUUCCCAAAGAGUAAAGAGGGAUGAAAACGAUGUCCAGCGGCUGAUUAACACCAUUACUGAUACCAUGUCAAACCCUUUUGAUUUGAGUGAGGCAUCGAAGGAAGACCCAGUUCAAUUACGAAACAUCGCCACUGGACUCGUUAUGCCGCAUGACGCGGCAGAGCAGCUCGUUGACUGUUUCAGCACAGGAGCAGAAGAAGCAAAGAAAUUUAGGAGACAAAGAAUGGACAGUGAUGAGGUAUCCUUUUGGAGCAAGAUAUCGAAAUUGAAUUUGACAACAUUUGCUUCUCUGGCAAAAACAAAUCAAAUCAAGUGCGCAGACGAGAAGAUCAUCACUAUUUCAGCUGAUAGAAAUUUGUUUGGAAGACUUCUAAUUGCUGCAAAGUGUCGUGACGUUGAUGUGAAAGAGGUCCUGAGAUAUGAACUGUCCACCGUGCCCUUUGCAUUGGCACAUGCAGAUGGUGCACUGCGGAAAACUACAAAAAGUGUCCUAAUGGCUGAGGUUGAACGGGAAUGUCAAGCACAAGGAAGACUUCCUGAAAGUGCACUAUCAACUGCAUUCAUUUUUGAUGCAAUGGCUCUUGUCCAGACGUUGAAGUCUGCAGGCUCCCGCACAUUCAAAGACCUGGCUGAAAGAUUCUUUAAUGUGCUCUUCACACCUCUACGACAAGGUCAGUGCAGAAGAGUAGAUGUUGUCUUUGACCGCUAUGAUGUUCAAGAGUCCAUAAAGGAAAGUGAAAGAGUUAGGAGGGGUUCAAGCAGAGCUCUUGAGAUCCAAAUCACAAACAAGCAUACACCAGUUCCAAAGCAAUGGGGGAAGUUUAUCAGCAACCAGAAUAACAAGGUUAACCUUUCCAGAUUUUUUUGCCGAGAGUGGUGCAGUCUGGGUGAAUACAACUUACUUCCUGAUCAAGAGCUGGUAAUUGGAGGUGGCUUUGAAGAUCCAACAGAUACAGUUGUUGUAACCCGUGGACGUACGGAUCCCCUUGCAGAGCUGAGAUCAGACCAUGAAGAAGCCGACACAAGGAUGAUCCUUCAUGCGUGGCACGCCUCUUCCACUAAAGAGAGGAUUGUCAUUCAGUCCCCUGAUACAGAUGUUGCUGUAUUAGCUAUCUAUGCAUACGAGAUGAUACAGUGCAACGAAAUGUGGUUCAAGACAGGCGUCAAAGAUAAGGUUCGCUUCGUCCCUGUCCAUCGUAUUGCUGAGAAGCUUGGUAAGAGUGUUUGCGCAGCGAUUCCAGCAUUCCAUGCUCUAACUGGUUGUGAUUCUACUAGUGGGUUGUUUCAGAUCGGGAAAAAGAAAGGAUGGAAGGUAUUUGUCAAAUAUCCCAGUCUCCAUGACAGUGUUGGCAACCUUGGCAGUCAGAUUCCACCACCAGCGCUCACUGUUGAAGCCUGUGAGAGGUUUAUUUGCUCCCUUUAUACAACCAACAAGAAGGCAGGGGUAACAGCUGACGACGUACGCUAUUGGAUGUUCUGCCAAAAGCACCAAAGAAGUGAAAGUUUACCACCCACAAGCAACAGCUUGCGACACCACAUUGAACGUGCUAACUACCAGGCAUAUGUGUGGAAACACUGCUUGAAUGCAACACAGCAACUCUCGUCGCCAGUCAGCAACGGAUGGAAGAAAGUGGAUAGUUUUUUGGAACCACUUUUGAUGUCCAAGGAUCCAGCACCAAAAGGGCUGCUUGAACUGACGACUUACAAAUGUAACAAAUCUGUCUGCAGAAGGGAUGACUUGUGUCCUUGCAAAGCCCACGAGAUGCCCUGUACAGAGGCAUGCCUUUGUAUGAAUGAUGAAAGUUGCCAAAAUCCUCACAAGCCAGUUGAUGUAACACCUGGAAGCAGUGAAGACGAGCUAACAGAUGCUGAAGUUUAG